CUGGAACAAAACAGACCAUAUAAAUAUGAAUCAGCUCAUCAGAGGCUACAUUUAACGGCAACAGAAGAACCAUGUUUUCUCUCAGUGUCCUCCUGCUUACCUUGAUGCUUCUGAACUCCAGAUUGCUGAUAUCUGCAGAGACUGUAAUUACAUGUGAUGGGAAUGUCCAGCAUCUCAGUUGUGAUACUGGUGUGAUCAGUGUACAAUCAGCGACGUGUGGCCGCACAAGCAGCCUGAUUUGUAGCGUUGGGCGACCACCAUCUGAAACAUCUAAUACUAAAUGUUCAGUGGAUGUUCCUGCAGUCUCUAAACGGUGUAAUGGACUGAGGGAGUGUGAGUUAAACACUCAAGGACUUGCACCAAGAGAUCCAUGUUAUGGCACCUACAAGUACUACACUACCAACUACAUUUGCAUCCCGGCAGAAACAAGUGUGACCUGUCAUUAUGGAUACAGUUAUUUGAAAUGUGAAAAUGGUAGGAUUCAGAUAAAUACUGCAAACUAUGGACGUACAGAUAAAACCACCUGCUCUGAAGGACGUCCAUCCGAACAGGUCCAAAACACCAAUUGCUAUUCACCCAAUGCACUGUCUCCUGUGUCCAAAAGCUGCAAUGGCCUGGAAAGUUGUGAGGUGUUUGCGACACAUACAGUCUUUACUGAUCCCUGCGUUGGCACAUACAAGUACCUCGCAAUCUCUUAUUUUUGCCUCCCACCUGCAGUUCGUUCCAGUUUAGUCUGUGAACAUGAGACGAGUGUCCUGACCUGUGAUGAUGGGACUGUCAUACGCAUUCAAAGCGCUAACUACGGCCGAACUGACAGCAGCACAUGCUCUGCUGGACGACCUGCUUCUCAGCUUGCCAAAACUGACUGCUACGCCUUAAAUUCACAGACAGUAGUCGCUAACGGAUGUGAAGGGAAGAGAAGCUGCUCCAUUUUAGCCUCCAACAGUGUCUUCUCGGAUCCAUGUGUCGGCACAUUCAAGUACCUGUACAUCUCGUACACCUGCGAGUCUAAGUAGAACGACAGCUGGUGUUGUGGAUUUGGCCUCUUCGGUUCUCUAUCAGCAUCUUUACUUUAAAUGCGCUAAAACUAAAUCAAUUUCUUAAUUGUUAAUGUAUAUGAUAUGGUAUUUGCCGUCAAUUCAG